GACAAGUUAGAAAUAGGAAGGAGUAUUUCUAACAUGUCAAAAGAAACCAAAACAAUUUCGAAAAUGGAUUUAUUCAGAUCGCUCGCAAGGUGGAUCUUUGUAAUAGGACUUUGGAUAACGUUAUUUCUACACAAUGUAAAAACAGUCGAAUCAUUCGAUUCAACAACUAUUACUGUGUCCUUGUCAAAAGAAUCAUCAUUAAAUUCUACAACCACGAUGGUGUUUUUAUCCAAUGAUUCAACAAUCAGUCCUACACCUGCGAUAUUAUCUUUAUCAAAUGAAUCGUCAUUCAAUUCUACAACUACGAUGGUGUUUUUAUCCAAUGAUUCAACAAUCAGUCCUACAUCUGCGAUGAUGUCUUUAUCUAAUGAAUCAUCAUUCAAUACUACAACCACGAUGGGAUUUUUGUCCAACGAUUCAACAAUCAGUCCUACAUCUGCGAUGAUGUCUUUAUCUAAUGAAUCAUCAUUCAAUACUACAACUACGAUGGAGUUUUUAUCCAAUGAAUCAGCAAUCAGUCCUACAUCUGCGAUGAUGUCUUUAUCUAAUGAAUCAUCAUUCAAUUCUACAACCACGAUGGUGUUUUUAUCCAAUGAUUCAACAAUCAGUCCUACAUCUGCGAUGAUGUAUUUAUCUAAUGAAUCAUCAUUCAAUACUACAACCACGAAGGUGUUUUUGUCCAAUGAUUCAACAAUCAGUCCUACAUCUGCGAUAAUGUCUUUAUCUAAUGAAUCAUCAUUCAAUUCUACAACUACGAUGGUGUUUUUAUCCAAUGAUUCAACAGUCAGUCCUACAUCUGCGAUGAUGUCUUUAUCUAAUGAAUCGUCAUUCAAUUCUACAACCACGAUGGUGUUUUUGUCCAAUGAUUCAACAAUCAGUCCUACAUCUGCGAUGAUGUAUUUAUCUAAUGAAUCAUCAUUCAAUACUACAACCACGAAGGUGUUUUUGUCCAAUGAUUCAAAAAUCAGUCCUACAUCUGCGAUAAUGUCUUUCUCUAAUGAAUCAUCAUUCAAUACUACAACCACGAUGGUGUUUUUAUCCAAUUAUUCAACAAUCAGUCCUACAUCUGCGAUAAUGUCUUUAUCUAAUGAAUCAUCAUUCAUUUCUACAACCACGAUGGUGUUUUCAUCCAAUGAUUCAACAAUCAGUCCUACAUCUGCGAUGAUGUCUUUAUCUAAUGAAUCGUCAUUCAAUACUACAACCACGAUGGUGUUUUUACCCAAUAAUUCAACAAUCAGUCCUACAUCUGCGAUGAUGUUUUAUCUAAUGAAUCGUCAUUCAAUACUACAACCACGAUGAUGUUUUUAUCCAAUAAUUCAAGAAUCAGUCCUACAUCUGCGAUGAUGUCUUUAUCUAAUGAAUCAUCAUUCAAUUCUACAACCACGAUGGUGUUUUUAUCCAAUGAUUCAACAAUCAGUCCUACAUCUGCGAUGAUGUAUUUAUCUAAUGAAUCAUCAUUCAAUACUACAACCACGAAGGUGUUUUUGUCCAAUGAUUCAACAAUCAGUCCUACAUCUGCGAUAAUGUCUUUAUCUAAUGAAUCAUCAUUCAAUUCUACAACCACGAUGGUGUUUUUAUCCAAUGAUUCAACAGUCAGUCCUACAUCUGCGAUGAUGUCUUUAUCUAAUGAAUCGUCAUUCAAUUCUACAACCACGAUGGUGUUUUUGUCCAAUGAUUCAACAAUCAGUCCUACAUCUGCGAUGAUGUAUUUAUCUAAUGAAUCAUCAUUCAAUUCUACAACCACGAAGGUGUUUUUAUCCAAUUAUUCAACAGUCAGUCCAACAUCUGCGAUAAUGUCUUUAUCUAAUGAAUCGUUAUUCAAUUCUACAACUACGAUGGUGUUUUCAUCCAAUGAUUCAACAAUCAGUCCUACAUCUGCGAUGAUGUCUUUAUCUAAUGAAUCAUCAUUCAAUUCUACAACCACGAUGGUGUUUUUAUCCAAUGAUUCAACAAUCAGUCCUACAUCUGCGAUGAUGUAUUUAUCUAAUGAAUCAUCAUUCAAUACUACAACCACGAAGGUGUUUUUGUCCAAUGAUUCAACAAUCAGUCCUACAUCUGCGAUAAUGUCUUUAUCUAAUGAAUCAUCAUUCAAUUCUACAACUACGAUGGUGUUUUAUCCAAUGAUUCAACAGUCAGUCCUACAUCUGCGAUGAUGUCUUUAUCUAAUGAAUCGUCAUUCAAUUCUACAACCACGAUGGUGUUUUUAUCCAAUUAUUCAACAGUCAGUCCUACAUCUGCGAUGAUGUCUUUAUCUAAUGAAUCAUCAUUCAAUUCUACAACCACGAUGGUGUUUUUAUCCAACGAUUCAAAAAUCAGUCCUACAUCUGCGAUGAUGUCUUUAUCUAAUGAAUCAUCAUUCAAUUCUACAACCACGAUGGUGUUUUUAUCCAAUGUUUCAAAAAUCAGUCCUACAUCUGCGAUGAUGUCUUUAUCUAAUGAAUCAUCAUUCAACUCUACAACCACGAAGGUGUUUUUAUCCAAUUAUUCAACAGUCAGUCCUACAUCUGCGAUGAUGUCUUUAUCUAAUGAAUCAUCAUUCAAUUCUACAACCACGAUGGUGUUUUUAUCUAAUGAUUCAACAAUCAGUUCUACAUCUGUGAUGAUGUCUUUAUCUAAUGAAUCAUCAUUCAAUUCUACAACCACGAUGGUGUUUUUAUCUAAUGAUUCAACAAUCAGUCCUACAUCUGCGAUGAUGUCUUUAUCUAAUGAAUCAUCAUUCAAUACUACAACCACGAUGAUGUUUUUAUCUAAUGAUUCAACAAUCAGUCCUACAUCUGCGAUGAUGUCUUUAUCUAAUGAAUCAUCAUUCAAUUCUACAACCACGAUGGUGUUUUUAUCCAAUGUUUCGAAAAUCACUCCUACAUCUGCGAUAAUGUCUUUAUCUAAUGAAUCAUCAUUCAACUCUACAACUACGAUGGUGUUUUCAUCCAAUGAUUCAAAAAUCAGUCCUACAUCUGCGAUGAUGUCUUUAUCUAAUGAGUCAUCAUUCAACUCUACAACCACGAAGGUGUUUUUAUCCAAUUAUUCAACAGUCAGUCCUACAUCUGCGAUGAUGUCUUUAUCUAAUAAAUCAUCAUUCAAUUCUACAACCACGAUGGUGUUUUUAUCCAAUGAUUCAACAAUCAGUCCUACAUCUGCGAUGAUGUCUUUAUCUAAUGAAUCAUCAUUCAAUACUACAACCACGAUGAUGUUUUUAUCUAAUGAUUCAACAAUCAGUCCUACAUCUGCGAUGAUGUCUUUAUCUAAUGAAUCAUCAUUCAAUUCUACAACCACGAUGGUGUUUUUAUCCAAUGUUUCGAAAAUCACUCCUACAUCUGCGAUAAUGUCUUUAUCUAAUGAAUCAUCAUUCAACUCUACAACUACGAUGGUGUUUUCAUCCAAUGAUUCAAAAAUCAGUCCUACAUCUGCGAUGAUAUCUUUAUCUAAUGAGUCAUCAUUCAACUCUACAACCACGAAGGUGUUUUUAUCCAAUUAUUCAACAGUCAGUCCUACAUCUGCGAUGAUGUCUUUAUCUAAUAAAUCAUCAUUCAAUUCUACAACCACGAUGGUGUUUUUAUCCAAUGAUUCAACAAUCAGUCCUACAUCUGCGAUGAUGUCUUUAUCUAAUGAAUCAUCAUUCAAUUCUACAACCACGAUGGUGUUUUUAUCCAAUGAUUCAAUAAUCAGUCCUACAUCUGCGAUGAUGUCUUUAUCUAAUGAAUCAUCAUUCAAUUCUACAACUACGAUGGUGUUUUUAUCCAAUGUUUCGAAAAUCACUCCUACAUCUGCGAUAAUGUCUUUAUCUAAUGAAUCAUCAUUCAACUCUACAACUACGAUGGUGUUUUCAUCCAAUGAUUCAAAAAUCAGUCCUACAUCUGCGAUGAUAUCUUUAUCUAAUGAGUCAUCAUUCAACUCUACAACCACGAAGGUGUUUUUAUCCAAUUAUUCAACAGUCAGUCCUACAUCUGCGAUGAUGUCUUUAUCUAAUAAAUCAUCAUUCAAUUCUACAACCACGAUGGUGUUUUUAUCCAAUGAUUCAACAAUCAGUCCUACAUCUGCGAUGAUGUCUUUAUCUAAUGAAUCAUCAUUCAAUUCUACAACCACGAUGGUGUUUUUAUCCAAUGAUUCAAUAAUCAGUCCUACAUCUGCGAUGAUGUCUUUAUCUAAUGAAUCAUCAUUCAAUUCUACAACUACGAUGGUGUUUUUAUCUAAUAAUUCAACAAUCAGUCCUACAUCUGCGAUGAUGUCUUUAUCUAAUGAAUCAUCAUUCAAUUCUACAACUACGAUGGUGUUUUUAUCCAAUGAUUCAACAAUCAGUCCUACAUCUGCGAUGAUGUCUUUAUCUAAUGAAUCAUCAUUCAACUCUACAACCACGAAGGUGUUUUUAUCCAAUUAUUCAACAGUCAGUCCUACAUCUGCGAUGAUGUCUUUAUCUAAUAAAUCAUCAUUCAAU